AUGUCACUCUCAGUUGUGGUGGAGUGUUAAUCGAUGGUGGUACAUAGUACAUAGUGUGUGGUGUAAUGCAACUAGAAGAACUGGAUAUUGCCGUGGAGAAUGAGAGUGCAGCGAUAGAGUUUGCUGUACAGCGAAAGUUAUUACCAGGAAAGAAAACUCUCUGCCCAGCAUGUAACAUAGGAAAUGUGGGGUGGUACAAGAAAUCGAAUGAUGGUUUGAAGGUGCCAUUUUCCUUACGAUGUUCCAGACGAAGAUGUCGUAAGAAGUGGUCAGUUACCAAAAACACUUGGUUUUUUGGUUCUCAUCUAACAUUGCGACAAAAUUUUAUGCUCAUUUAUUUCUGGAUUCGUGGAGAUAGCAUUGGAGAAGCAUCAGAAAAUCUCAAAUUGAGCAAGACCACGGUUAUGGACUACUAUCAGUUCUGUAGGGAAGUGUGUUUCGUUAUUGUCAGUAAUCGCACAAAACCUGUAGGAGGGCCAGACCACGUCGUUGUAAUAAGUGAGUUUCAGGUAGAUAGGGUUUUUCCAGCCCAAGUGAAGAGAGUUUGUUUUCUAGAAGGUUACGACAAGACAACAGAGGAAUGCUUUUUGAUUGAGCUUCAUGAUACGGAUGAAGACAUUGUAGUUCAACUGAUUAAAAAGUUUGUUAGGGCAGGAUCAUCCGUGAUAACCGAUGCGUGGGAAUCUUUCAACAGACUGAACAGCGAGCAUUUUCAGAACUCAUUUUCGGAUCAUCCGAUAAAAUUCUUCGAAUCUAUUAAUCCCGAUAGAGAAACGAACCAAAAACGAUGCAUGUUCCGGAAAACGAAUCGCUUUGUUGAAACUGAAAGUCUGGAGAUUAAAAGCCAAGACCUGUUAUUGUUUCAAUAUUUGUACUUCCACCCUAUUGAGUACCUGAGCACAGGAGAAAAAUUCGACAGAUUUUUAGAAGACAUUGCCCUAGUUUACCCAGGUCCUUUCAAACAACCAUUGACCGCUGUAAUUUACUAGAGAUCUGUAUAGUAAAACGGAAUGGCAGCCACACAAAAUGUGCCAGUUUCUGAAAUAAUUAGAAAUAAAAGUUCAGGGGAUGAUGAACCUAAGAAGAAAUCUCGUGAAGAUUGGAGGAAAGCAAAAGAGCUUGAAGAAGCAAGAAAGGCAGGAACAGCACCAGCAGCAGUUGAUGAAGAAGGAAAAGAUAUCAAUCCUCACAUUCCUCAAUACAUAUCACAAGCACCAUGGUAUUUUGGUUCAAAAGGACCUACACUAAAACAUCAACGGCCUCAGCCAGAGAGGGAGAAGCAGUUUGCCCGUGUUGAUGAGUGGUACAAGAGAGGUGUUUCUACUAAUGCUGCAAUAAAAUACAGGAAGGGAGCAUGUGAAAACUGUGGUGCAAUGACACAUAAGAAAAAGGACUGUAUGGAGAGGCCACGGAGAGUUGGUGCCAAGUUUACAGGUACAAACAUUGCCCCUGAUGAAUUUAUUCAGCCUGAGUUAUCCAUGGAUUAUGAUGGCAAACGAGAUCGUUGGGCUGGCUAUGAUCCAUCAGAACAUAAAUCAAUCAUUGAAGAAUAUCAAAAAAUAGAAGAAGCUAAAAGGCAGCUGAGGGCAGAAAAACUAAACUCAAAUGUGGAUGGAAAUGCUGAGACAGAGGAUAUUGAUGAAGAUGACGAAGAUAAAUAUGUCGAUGAAGUAGAUAUGCCGGGCACUAAAGUAGAUUCAAAACAACGUAUAACAGUUCGUAAUUUACGUAUUCGAGAGGACACUGCAAAAUACCUGCGCAAUUUGGAUCCAAAUUCUGCCUAUUAUGAUCCUAAAACUCGUUCCAUGAGGGACAAUCCACAUGCUGGUACUGGAGUUAAUGAACAAGAUGUGGACUAUGCUGGCGAGAACUUCGUACGCUUCACUGGAGACACACAAAAGCACUCAGUGGCUCAGCUGUUUGCUUGGGAGGCAUAUGAGAAAGGAGUGGAUGUCCAUCUCCUAGCUGAACCUACUAAGUUGGAAAUGCUGCAACACGAGUAUGAGAAGAAGAAGGAGCAGUUCAAGAGCCAAGCACAGGGUAGCAUAUUGGAGAAAUACGGAGGAGCUGAACAUCUGCAAGCACCACCCAAAGCUCUUCUUUUAGCUCAGACAGAGGAUUAUGUGGAAUACUCGCGUUAUGGUAAACUUAUAAAGGGUCAGGAAAAACAAAUCAUCCGAUCAAAGUAUGAAGAAGACAUAUUCCCAAACAACCAUACAUCUGUUUGGGGUUCUUACUGGCAGAAUGGUCAGUGGGGAUAUAAAUGUUGCCAUUCUUUUGUAAAAAAUUCAUACUGUACUGGUGAAGCUGGCAAAGCAGCUGCAUCUGAUUUACAAAGAGGAAUGAAAGUUGAAACAGAGCCCCUGGCAGAAACAAAAAAUUCCAGCUCUUCAGAUUCAGACAGCUCGGAUUCAGAUGAUCACUCUGAUAAAGAUAGUGAAGAAACAGAAAAAAAGAAAAAACAAAAUAAAAAGAAGAAAAAGAAGGAGAAGAAGAAGAAGCACUUAGAAAAGAAGAGGAAAGGAAAGAAAGAUUCUCCAGAAGAUAAACUGAAAAUGGCCUUGCAGCAAGAAGAUCUUAACCAGCAAGAAGCUGAGCGCAUUUUGUCAAUGGAUGAAAGGAAACGGCCGUACAAUAGCAUGUUUGAAGUGAAGAAACCAACUGAAGAAGAAAUAGAGGCAUAUUACAUGAAAAAGAGAAGAGAUGAAGAUCCUAUGACUCAGUUUAUGAAGUGAAAGAACUUGGGCUUUUCUAUCUAUACAUGCAUAUAUUACCUAUAAAAUAUUUAUUUUUCACAGUAAUUGCUCUGUAUUUUGUAUAAGAACUGAUUAACAGUAGUGUAAUACGCAACUGUAAAAUAAGUUUCUUGUAAAUAUAUUUCUGCUCUGUAGUUAA